AAUAAUUUCAAUUGAUGAUGAUAACACAGUGGACACGCAUUUAUUUUGUUCUCGUCGCUUAAAAUGUCAACUGAAGUUCACAAAACUCCACUAGAUUUGGCUCCUCAUCUGGACUCAAUUCUGAAAACUCAAGUAAAUUACAAUGCCAUCGUUGCAAGUGUUGAUAAUUUGAUUGAAGACUGGAAGGUGAUACAGGGAGAAAAUUAUCUUGCAUGGACAAUCAAAGCCCUGACCCUCACCGACUUGACGACUCUUGCCGGAGAUGACACUGCUUCCAACGUACAUCGUUUGUGUUAUCGUGCCUCCUUCCCCUUGCCCGACAGCGUCUUCGAACGUUUGCAAAUCGAGAAAGAAUUUCGAGCAUUAAUUCACACCGCUGCUGUUUGCGUGUAUCCGUCUCGCGUUGCCGAUGCCUUCCACAGUCUCAAGGAACUCAAAAUGCUCGGUAAAGUCAAUAUUGCGAGUGUCGCCACGGGAUUUCCCAGUGGAUCGUAUCCUCUUGCUUCGCGUCUUGCCGAAAUCACGUAUGCGAUUGAACAGGGAGCCAACGAAAUUGACAUCGUCAUUGAUCGCAGUCUCGUUCUUACGGGUCAAUGGCAGACCUUGUAUGAUGAGCUUGUAGCGAUGCGCCAAGCAUGUGGUACCAAAGCACAUCUAAAAGCAAUUUUGGGUAUUGGGGAAUGCGGAACGUUCCAGAAUGUUUAUCGUGCCUCGAUGAUUGCCAUGUUUGCCGGAUCGGAUUUCAUCAAGACAUCAACGGGAAAGGAAGCAGUGAAUGCCACGUUACCGGUUGGCUUGGUAAUGAUUAGGGCGAUUCAGGACUUUGAGGCGAUGACGGGACGUAAAAUUGGAUUGAAGCCUGCUGGAGGGGUAAAAAAGGUCGACGAUGCUAUUAAAUGGAUGGUUAUGAUAAAGAAGACGCUCGGGAAUGAAUGGCUCACGCCAGAAAUGUUCCGUUUUGGGGCAUCGGGACUCUUGGACGACAUUGAAAAACAAUUUUUAUAAUUUUUAUUAAUAUUUUUUGUAUUUUUAAACAAUAAAAUUUCAUUUCGUAAUUACUCUACGAAAGAUAAAAACAUGUUAAAAAGCUCUGGAGAUAAAAAGAUAACAACCAA